UCUUAGCUCGGAGACACUCUUUCUCUCUCCUAUCUCGCUCUCUCUUUCUCUUUGUAUACGCGAUCUCUUUCACUGCCUUUCAAUUCGGAAAUUUCUCCAUACAUCACUGCAAAAUCCCUCUCCAUUUCUUGUAUUGUAGAUUUUAUUUGUCUGGUUUGGGCUCUUGCGGAGUUCCGAACCACUCAGGGAUGUUCUUACUCAGAUUUGAGCUAAAAUUAUUCAGUGGGUUGAGGUCAGAUUCACACCGUUGAGUGUUGAGAGUCUAGUGUUUCACUGUUGAGCUACUUCUUUUGUUAAUAUUGAAUCCCUUACUGGUUAAGCUUAUGAUUGGAUCAUAAUAUUGAUUGUUUCGUCUCCUGAUAUUAAUGGGAAUAUCUUAAGAAAUUUGCUUGCCACACCUCAAUAUAUCAAAGACAAAUAUGCCUCCAUGGUGGGGGAAAUCAUCAUCAAAAGAACCCAAGAAGAAAGGAAGUAAAGAAAGUUUCAUUGAUGCAUUACAAAGAAAACUUAAAAUCCCAUCUGAAGGUAAGGUAAGUGGCAGGUGUGGAGGACCUCGGAGAAACUGCAAUGACACAGUUUCAGAGAAGGGGGCUCAGUCUCCAGUUGAAUCAAGGUCUCCUUCACCAUCCAAAGUAGCACGGUGUCAAAGUUUUGCUGAAAGGCCUCUUGCCCAGCCACUACCACUUCCUGGCAGGAAUCCUGCAUGUAUAGGACGAACAGAUUCUGAAAUUUGCCUAUCAUCAAAGUCAAGAGGGGAGAAGGGUUCCAAGACAUCGUUGUAUCUGCCACUUCCAAGACCUGCAUGCAUACGUAGUAGGCGAAAGACUGCAGAUUUAGAUGGAGACCCUAUCACUGCCUCUGUAUGUAGUGACAGCUCUGCUGACAGUGAUGAGCCAGCUGAUUCAUGUCAACGCAGUCCACUGGCAAUUGACUCAGAGACUGGGACUAGAACUGCUGCUGGCAGCCCUUCCAGUUCAAUGCUCAAGGAUCAAUCAUCUACUGGUUUGCAACUAAAUUCAAGAGAGUUCAAAAAGCCAGCAAACAUUCUGAGUAAUCAUGUAUCUCCUCCGUCCCCCAAACGGAGACCUUUAAGCAAUCACGUGCCAAAUCUGCAGGUUCCUCCCCAUGGUGCUUUCUAUAGUGCUCCUGACAGCUCCAAGUCAAGUCCAUCAAGAAGUCCACUGAGAGCGUUUGGCCCAGAACAAGUGCCGAGCUCUGCUUUUUGGGCUGGAAAGCAAUAUUCAGAGGUCAAUUUUAUUGGAUCUGGGCACUGCUCCAGUCCAGGUUCUGGUCAGAACUCUGGGCAUAAUUCAAUGGGAGGGGACAUGACAGGACAGAUAUUUUGGCAACCAAGUAGGGGUAGCCCUGAGUAUUCUCCUGUUGUUAGCCCCAGAAUGACUAGUCCUGGUCCGAGCUCUAGGAUUCAGAGUGGAGCGGUCACACCCAUUCAUCCUAGAUCUGGGGCAACACCCACUGAAUCACAGACUGGAUGGGUUGAUGAUGGGAAACAACAGAGUCAUCGUCUGCCUCUUCCACCCCUAACAGUUACAAACUCCUCACCUUUCUCUCACUCAAAUUCAGCAGCAACAUCUCCAUCUAUGCCAAGAAGUCCAGGAAGAGCAGAUAAUCCUUUGAGCCCUGGCUUUCGAUGGAAAAAGGGAAAGCUGCUUGGAAGAGGCACAUUUGGACAUGUCUAUGUUGGCUUCAAUAGUGAAAAUGGUGAGAUGUGUGCAAUGAAGGAGGUGACGUUGUUUUCAGAUGAUGCCAAGUCCAAGGAAAGUGCUAAGCAAUUAAUGCAGGAAAUUGCUCUAUUAAGUCGAUUACGGCAUCCCAAUAUUGUGCGGUAUUAUGGUUCUGAAACGGUAGAUGACAAGCUUUACAUAUACCUGGAAUAUGUAUCUGGAGGUUCCAUAUAUAAACUUCUUCAAGAAUAUGGGCAAUUUGGUGAACUAGCCAUCCGCAAUUAUACCCAACAAAUUUUGUCGGGACUUGCUUAUUUACAUGCUAAAAAUACUGUCCACAGGGACAUCAAGGGAGCAAAUAUACUUGUAGAUCAAAAUGGCCGGGUAAUCAAGCUGGCGGACUUUGGCAUGGCAAAACAUAUAACAGGGCAGUCAUGUCCAUUAUCAUUCAAGGGAAGUCCUUAUUGGAUGGCUCCUGAGGUCAUAAAGAACUCUAGUGGCUGCAGCCUUGCUGUGGAUAUAUGGAGUCUUGGUUGCACAGUUUUAGAAAUGGCUACAACUAAGCCUCCUUGGAGUCAGUAUGAAGGGGUUGCUGCCAUGUUUAAGAUUGGUAAUAGCAAGGAACUCCCAACAAUCCCAGAUCACCUCUCAAAUGAAGGAAAGGAUUUCGUUCGGAAAUGUCUACAACGUAACCCACAUGAUCGUCCUUCGGCCCAGCAACUAUUGGAACACCCUUUUGUAAAGUGUGCUGCACCUUUGGAAAGACCUAUUCUGGUUGGUGAAGCGUCAGAUCAGGUCUCUGGUAUUGCGCAAGGAGCAAAACCUCUGGGCGCUGGACAAGGCAGAAACCUCUCUGCCCUGGAUAAUGACAGAGUUUCUGUUCAUUCUUCUAGGGUGUUGAAAACCAAUCCGCAUGCUAGUAAUGAAAUCCAUAUUCCAAGGAAUAUUUCUUGCCCUGUCUCUCCCAUUGGAAGCCCACUUUUGCGGUCAAGAUCACCACAGCACAUGAAUGGGAGAAUGUCUCCUUCUCCUAUAUCUAGCCCCCGUACUGUUUCUGGUGCAUCCACGCCUCUUACUGGUGGUAGUGGUGCCAUUCCAUUUGGCAAUCACCUGAAACAGUCAGCUUAUUAUCAAGACGGUCUUGCAAACUUGCCAAAGCACUCAAAUAGCAUCUACAUUAAUGCCCCUGCUCAUCAUGACUCUGGCAUUGACAUCUUUCGCAAUCUGCAAAUGGGUUCUCAAACAGAAUUGAUUCUGAGUGAAAAUGAUGUUAUGGGGAAGCAUUUUGCGAGGCCUCCUGUCGAGCCUUAUGAUGUUCAGUCAGUCUUGGCUGAUCGUGUUUCUAGACAGCUACUGGGAGAUCAUGUUAAGAUCAAACCGUCGCUGGAUCUUAGUCCCAACUCUCCUUUGCUCAACCGGUCAAAUGGUCUAUGACUUGAGUCAUUUUCCUGGACUUUGUCCAAUCAAGCCUUCAAGUUUGAGUGAAGAUCAUCUGGUUGCACAGGUCGGUUAAUUGUUCUAAUUACUGAGGAAGUAAUUGCACAAUAAGGAGAAUUUAUGUAAUAAAUUUGGAUCUGGGAAUAGACUUGCUGGGACCACACAGUCCAUUUUGUUUGGCCUCAAGCUCAGGCAUGUGGAGUUCAGAUCUUUACUUGUUGAGCAAACUAAACCACGUUAUGAAACUUUCUCACAUGAUUCGUCUAUAUCAGCUUACACAUAGUCGUUCUGGAAAAAGAAGAUUGCAGUUAUAUGUAGGAUGUUUAGGAUGCACCAUCAACUCAUGAAAAGUUGAGGACUUGGAUGGUUUAGAAGUGAAGAAAAUUGAAUUGGUAAAAACAUUACCUUUUGGACUAUUUUGGGAGGUCAGAUAUUGGUACAUAAAGAUGGGAAGCUGGAUUGGGAUCCCGCAUUUGUUGAAGUCAAAGACUUGAAGAACCCGUUCAUCUGUUGCUGUGUGUAAUGCGGGUUCAGGUGUAUUACUGUCAUUGAAGACUUUAUUAAAGGAUCAAUUAUGUACAUUGUUAAUUGAAGUAAAAUGGAUGAAGUUGAUAUUGUGAUCCUCUCAUCUGGUUUGUACAGGGCUUAUCUGAUGGGUGAACCUUUUGUCUUCGUUUUAAGUCUUUGCAUGUAUGAUACAAGACUAAUCUGCUGGCAAUUUCCUUGACAUGAAAAUUUUAGAUAGAAUUGAUCUACCAAAAAUCGGUAGACUAUAACCAAUCAUGGUGGAAAUGAAAUAUGUUAGUAUAUUUUUUGUAAUGAAAUUCAUUUUUUUCCCGUGUUUA